ACUAUCUAUCUCGCGAGAUUCUGCGAGGUGAUAAGUUGGAGAAACAUGGCGACGUCUAAUUUGUUAAAGAAUAAGGGCUCCCUGCAGUUCGAGGACAAGUGGGAUCUGAUGCGUCCCAUCGUUCUCAAGCUGCUCAGACAGGAAGCCGUCACCAAGCAACAGUGGUUCGAUUUGUUCUCAGAUGUCCAUGCCGUGUGUCUAUGGGAUGAUAAAGGACCUGCCAAGAUCCACCAAGCCCUCAAAGAGGACAUCCUAGACUUCAUCAAACAAGCACAGGCUCUGAUGUUGGACACGUGGAACGAGUCGAUCUUUUCCAACAUUAAGAGCCGCCUACAGGACAGCGCCAUGAAGCUGGUGCACGCUGAGAGGCAGGGCGAGGCCUUCGACUCGCAGCUCGUUAUCGGAGUGAGAGAGUCGUACGUGAACCUGUGUUCUAACCCAGAGGACAAGCUGCAGAUCUACAGGGACAACUUUGAGAAAGCCUACCUGGACUCCACAGAGAGGUUUUACAGGACGCAAGCACCGUCCUACCUGCAACAGAACGGCGUCCAGAACUACAUGAAAUAUGCGGAUUCAAAGCUGAGAGAAGAGGAGAAGAGAGCCCUUAGAUAUCUAGAGACGCGUCGUGAAUGUAACUCCGUUCAAGCACUUAUGGAGUGUUGUGUGAACGCUCUCGUGACCUCGUUCAAAGAGACCAUCUUGGCCGAAUGUCCGGGGAUGAUCAAACGGAACGAGACAGAUAAGCUGCACUUGAUGUUUUCACUGAUGGACAAGGUCCCCAGCGGGAUCGAGCCCAUGCUGAAAGACCUGGAAGAACACAUCCUCAACGCUGGACUAGCAGACAUGGUGGCUGCUGCCGAGACUAUCACUUCAGACUCUGAGAAGUACGUGGAGCAGUUGUUGACCUUGUUUAACCGCUUCAGUAAGCUGGUUAAAGAGGCCUUCCAUGACGAUCCUCGCUUCCUCACAGCAAGAGACAAGGCUUACAAAGCUGUUGUCAAUGACGCCACAAUCUUCAAACUGGAGCUUCCACUGAAACAGAAAGGUGUGGGUAUGAAGACUCAGCCAGAGUCUAAGUGUCCUGAGCUGCUGGCAAACUACUGUGACAUGCUGCUGAGGAAAACUACUCUCAGCAAGAAACUCACCUCAGAGGAAAUCGAGCUCAAACUCAAAGAAGUGCUCUUGGUGUUGAAAUACGUCCAGAAUAAAGACGUGUUCAUGCGUUACCACAAAGCUCACCUGACCAGGCGCUUGAUUCUGGACAUCUCGGCGGACAGCGAGAUUGAAGAGAACAUGGUGGAGUGGCUGAGAGAAGUAGGAAUGCCUGCCGACUACGUGAACAAGCUGGCCCGGAUGUUUCAGGACAUCAAGGUCUCGGAGGACCUCAAUCAGGUUUUCAAAGAGAUGCACAAACACAACAGGCUGGCACUGCCAGCGGACAGUGUGAACAUUAAGAUCUUGAACGCCGGAGCGUGGUCCCGAAGCAGUGAGAAGGUUUUUGUCUCGCUGCCCACGGAGCUGGAGGACCUGAUCCCCGAGGUGGAAGACUUCUACAAGAGGAAUCACAGUGGACGCAAACUCCACUGGCAUCACCUCAUGUCCAACGGCAUUAUCACCUUUAAAAAUGAGGUUGGCCAGUACGACCUGGAGGUGACGACGUUCCAGCUGGCGGUGCUGUUUGCCUGGAACCAGCGACCCAGAGAGAGAAUCACCUUCGAGAACCUCAAACUGGCCACAGAGCUGCCUGACGCAGAGCUCCGCCGCACACUCUGGUCUCUAGUGGCCUUCCCCAAGCUGAAGAGACAGGUGUUGUCUUACGAGCCUCCGGUCAGCUCGCCCAAGGACUUCACAGACAGCACGCUCUUCUACGUCAACCAGGAGUUCUCACUCAUCAAAAACUCCAAAGUCCAGAAGCGGGGAAAGAUCAAUCUGAUUGGUCGGCUGCAGCUGACCACAGAGCGAAUGAGGGAGGAGGAGAAUGAAGGAAUCGUUCAGCUCAGAAUACUCAGGACUCAGGAGGCCAUCAUCCAAAUCAUGAAGAUGAGGAAGAGAAUCAGCAACGCCCAGCUGCAGACGGAGCUGGUGGAGAUCCUGAAGAACAUGUUCCUUCCUCAGAAGAAGAUGAUCAAGGAGCAGAUCGAGUGGCUCAUCGAGCACAAGUACAUAAAGAGGGACGAGACGGACCUCAACACCUUCAUCUACAUGGCCUAGGCACGGCCAGCGGGGGGAGGGAGCGCUGUCUUGCUCCGUUCUUUUUCUUUUAUUAUUUUAAACUGACGGGCUGCAACGGGCGCUUUAAAAACCCCGCGAGAGGAGAAGGAACAAGAGGAUGUGUGAAGAGGGGUAAUGAUACGUAGGGAGUGCGUCGAAGGACGAGGAAGAGCCUUUUCAACAAAUAAUGUGUGGAUCCGUGUUUGUGUUUGUGAGACGCCGGUGUGUUGUUGACAGGAGAGUCGAGUCAUCGGACCGUGUGCGUCUCUGCUGCCCUCAAGGGUCGAUCUGAGGGACGGGACGCCGUCUCCCAGCAGCCGAGACGAUUAAAAAUGAUGACACGUGAGGAUGAUAAUGACAUAAUUAAAUUAUAUACUUCCUGCCUUACUUUGUCAGCGACGGACUGCAGAGGAGGAGCUGCGAGGAGGCCAAGGGAGGACAAAUGUCACGAGCUGAUAUCAAUCCUUUUGCUUUCACUCGAUGCCACAGCUGCCAUCUUGGCGGCAGCCAUUUUGCAGCCCUCCUACUCUACAUUUGAACUGGGAAUGCAAAAAAAUAAAUAAAAAGACGCUGCGUGUGGAAGCUGCCAUUGAGGAGGAUCGCACACGAAUGGAAAGAUUAGUCGCAACUACCGAGGAGUAUUUUGCCAAAUUGUGUGUGUGCGUGUGUGUGUGUGUGUGUGUGUGUGUUUGGGUGUGCAUCCGGUCUUUUUUAGAUGUGUGUGCACUUUCGACAGCAUGCUGCUCUAUGAUUGAGUUUUUGUUUUGGAGGACCUGUCGCAUUUUGGUUGUGUGUGAGAAGGUUGGGAAGUGAAGACCAGCCACCGUUUAAAUGCUGAUAUUUACUUUUUCUUUUUCUUAUCGUCUGUGGCAGGUUUGCCAGCAGGUAAACAAGUGUUGUCUAGAGAGCUCUCUCGUCUGUGGACACGAUCAUACUGCAAACUAUUUAUUUUGUGUGUAAAGACUUGUGCUCUCAACACCGGGAGGUUAAAUACCAGCUGAACGCAUCAAGGGGGGACUCAGAGUAAGACAGAAACACAAAUACUUACAUAGACUAGAUUGGCGCUCCAGUGCUCAGCUUUCACCUCAUUAAUCCCUUAAGAGUGUCAGUACCAGGACAAUGCUGUUUAACUUAAACAACAGAAAUUUUGUUAAUUAAAGGGUUAGUUCAGAUGUUUCGAAGUGUGUUUGGGGUUGUAUGAGCGACUUGUUGAAAUCGGUGUGUGUGUGUUA